AUGACAGAAGUGAAUGAGUCAGUGGCCUCUGACUUCAUUCUGGUGGGCCUCUUCAGUCGCUCAGAGUCACCUCAGCUACUGUUCUUCCUGGUGGCUGUCAUGUUUAUCAUGGGGCUUCUGGGCAACACCACUCUGCUCUUCCUGAUCUGCGUGGACUCCCGGCUCCACACACCGAUGUAUUUUCUGCUGGGUCAGCUCUCCCUGUUUGAUGUUGGCUUCCCCCUGGUCACCAUCCCCAAGAUGGCCUCAGACGUUCUGCAGGGAGAAGGUUCCAUCUCCUUUGGGGGUUGUGCAGCUCAGAUAUUCUUCCUCACACUGAUGGGUGUGGCUGAGGGCGUCCUGUUGGCCCUCAUGUCCUAUGACCGUUAUGUGGCUGUGUGCCACCCGCUGCAGUAUUCUCUGCUCAUGAGGCGCUGGGUGUGCCUGCUCAUGGUGAUCUCCUCCUGGCUGGCGGGUGUGCUCAAUGCCUGCAUCCAGACCUCCAUCACUCUGCACUUCCCCUACUGUGCCUCGCACACCGUGGACCACUUCUUUUGUGAGGUGCCCGCUCUGCUGAAGCUCUCCUGUGCGGACACGUCCGCCUAUGAACUGGCGCUGUCCACCUCGGGAGUGCUGAUCCUGGUGCUUCCCCUUUCCCUCAUUGCCACCUCCUAUGGCCACGUGUUGGGGGCUGUUCUACGUAUGCGCUCAGAGGAGGCUCGCCACAAGGCCUUCACCACCUGCUCCUCACACAUCACAGCAGUGGGACUCUUCUAUGGCGCAGCCGUGUUCAUGUACAUGGUCCCGGGUGCCUACCACAGCCCACGCCAGGACAACAUGGUCUCCCUGUUCUACAGCCUUAUCACCCCCACACUCAACCCCCUCAUAUACAGCCUGAGGAACCGGGAAGUGUGGACGGCUUUGGUCAAAGUUCUCCGCAGAGCUGGGCGCAAGGCAAAGUGA